GGGCGGGACGACGGACGCCACUUCCGCUUCCGCCGGGGAGGAGUCGGGCCGCAGACAUGAGUCGCUUCAAGUUUGUGGAUAUUGGUAUCAACUUGACAGAUCCUAUGUUCAGAGGAAUUUAUAGGGGAGUUCAGAAGCAUCAAGACGACUUACAAGAUGUAAUAGAAAGAGCUGUCCAGAUUGGUGUUAAAAAGUUUAUGAUCACAGGAGGAAAUCUGCAGGACAGUAAAGAGGCACUGCAUUUGGCACAAACAAAUGAUAUGUUUUUCAGUACAGUUGGAUGUCAUCCUACAAGAUGUGAUGAAUUUGAAAAGAAUGACCCUGAUCUUUACCUAAUGGAGUUGUUAAAUCUUGCUGAAAACAAUAAGGGGAAAGUUGUAGCAAUAGGGGAAUGUGGACUUGAUUUUGACCGGCUACAGUUCUGUCCCAGGGAUACUCAGCUCAAAUAUUUUGAAAAACAGUUUGAACUGGCAGAACAAACAAAAUUACCAAUGUUUCUUCACUGUCGGAACUCACAUGCUGAAUUUUUGGACAUAAUGAAAAGAAACAGAGAUCGGUGUGUAGGUGGAGUGGUGCAUUCAUUUGAUGGUACCAAGGAAGCAGCAGCUGCCUUGAUGGACUUGGAUCUCUAUAUAGGAUUUAAUGGUUGCUCACUGAAAACUGAGGCUAAUUUGGAAGUUUUGAAGUCAAUACCUAGUGAAAAAUUAAUGAUUGAAACUGAUGCACCUUGGUGUGGAGUGAAAAGUACACAUGCUGGGUCAAAAUAUGUAAAAACUUCGUUUCCUACCAAAAAGAAGUGGGAAAAUGGGCACUGUGUGAAAGACAGGAAUGAACCCUGCCAUAUAAUAUUAUAAAUUCCAUGAAACACAUUUUGAAGCUCUUGUAUGUCAGGAAGGUGUAAGUUACUGAGGUUACAUAGAAGAAUCAAAGUCCCUGCCCGCAUCCACCCAGCAGAUGACAAGAUACAUUCUGCCAGGCACUUUGGAUAAGACAUUGAAGGUGUCAGACAGGAAUCCUUGCCCUCCUGAAGCAAAGCAGCAGAAAGUAUAAUCCAAGAUGUUAGUUCUGUUAUAGAGGUAUGAAUAUACGACUAGGAGCACAGGACAUAGUCACUGCCUGCCUUGUGGGGAAGUAGCUUAACUAAGGUGACAUUUCAACUGGUCACAAAGUGCAACUGGGAGUUAGGCCAGACCAGGACAGACGCCUUGAGCAAAGGCAGGCUGCAGAAGGGCUUGGCUGCUCAGAGGGGAAACAAUGAGUUUACUGUGACAAAAAGUAGGAUGCACGGGUAAGUGAUAAGUCUGCGAAGACUGGUGAGGGCUCCUGUAUGCCAACCUCAGUAGUUUAGAUUUCACCAGGACCCAAAGGACUUUCAGCAGGAAAAUGGCAGUUGUUUUUAAAACGCUGUUAACAUAUCAGCACAGAGAAAGGACUGAAAAAGGAGAUGGGUGUCAGGAACCUUACUGAUUUCCCACAUUAUGCAGGUAAGUUCUAAUUCUGAGUAGUUAACAGAGGAAAGUUCUGUAGUUUACUAAGGAAAUUGGGUCCUUAAUGUCAAUUUAAAUGUUAACAGAUUUGCUUUUAGCAUACUUUGAUCUAGAUAAUAAAAAUUUAGUCUAUAUUAAGCGAAGCUUUUGUGUUACGAUUAUGUACUUUUUAAAAAGUUCCAGUAAGUCUUUAAUCUCUGUCCCUAAUUCCUUUAGUUGCUUGUAUUUAAGAAACCCAUAGCAGGGACAAAAAACUUAACACAAAGAAUAUUUACAUGUUUAAUUUGGACUUUAGAACUUUCUAAUUCAUGUAUAAAAAUAUUACAUAUAGUACGGCUAGAGAACACUCAUGAUGAUGAUUAUUCUAGGCAGAGAAACUGAAAGAUCUGACACCCAGGCUGUUCUUGAUCGUGCAGGGAAAAAGUACAGAGGAGAAAGCACGUCUCCCUCCCCCCUCCCCCAAUAACCAUGCAUUAUUCCAAGUAAAUAACUUGUAACUUCCUUUGCGGUCACUGUGCUAAUGAUGAUGCAGCAAUUUCCUGCUGUCCUUUGAAACUAAUUCUCUUAGCAGAGGUGCUCAAACUUUGCUGUACCCACAAUGCCACCCACCUUGCGACUCAGCACACAUGUACGUAUAAAACCAUACAAAAAUGAAACAGUACUUCCCUUAUUAAGUGCAAUGUACUUUUCCUUUUCUUACAAUUUUCUGAAAAUUCAUCAUGACGCACUAAUGAAUGCAUAAUGACUUACGGUUUGAAAGAACUCGCCGUCUUCACUGGGUUAGUUCCAUUAAUUUGUGGUAGACAUGAUAUGGGCUGGUUUUAGAAUUUAUUUGAACCUGGUCCUUGUCUCAACUUACCCUAUUUUAAAUAUGGCAGCAGUUCAGCCUUUCUGUUGAAAACUUUAUAGCUGGUUAAAGCUUGUUAUGUUAAAGGUGCUAGUACAAGAGCUUCCUUUGCAUGGAUGAAGAGAAAACCUUUAAAACUGAGCAGGUACUUGGAAAUAACCAUCCAUUUUUGUUUUCUCUUUCAGUCAAAUACUGGAGAUAAUGUCAGCAGUGAGAGAGCAGGAUCCACUGGAAUUAGCCAAUACACUAUAUAACAACACCAUUAAAAUCUUUUUUCCUGACAUGUAAUUAGCAUGUCCUUUCCAUUUUCCAUCAUGUAUGUAAAAUUUCAUGGUAAACCUUCCUAAAGGACUGAAUAAAGAAAUGCUCUGGAAGUUGAA